AUGUCUAUUACAUGUUAUCUAGUACGUUUCUUUGACGGCAUCGUGGAGCUAGCUGUUCAUACAGCGUCAGUGAGAGAUCCUCAGAAUCUUGCUCUUCACUAUUAUGAAAGUGGUCAGCCAGAACAACCUGGUCUGGGAUACGAUGCUUUUUUGAAAAGGUAUGUCAGGUUUCUCUCAAGUAAAACGUUGCUCACGCAAACCUAUCUUCGGUGCCCUCCCCCAACCAUAGGAAGCGAUCAGUCUCUUAAUUUUGCUUUCAACUCUCCAUUGUCUAUCUGACUCGUCGUCUCUGCGAGCACGCACGAAUUGGAUUGUCUACAACUACUUGCUCAGCUAUCAAAGCCAUAAAUAAAGUCACCAAAUUCAAGCUAAAUUACCGACAUACGUUGAAUGAACACAGAAGCAUCUAUUUUUACAGGAAGAAAAAAUGCAUAAUGCAACUCAUAGUAUUUUCUCAAAAAUAUAAAAUUUAUUGAAGUUCAUUUAAAUUUAUAACCAAUUUUAAUAGGCAUAUUCAAUUGAUGAUUCCCCUUAUUACGUUUUCGUGGCGCUUAGCAUUGUGGUUAUAGUGGUAUCACUGAUAAAGAAAGCGGCCUCGAAUGAAAAUAUUGAAUGUUUUCGCGAAUAUUUUGUUGUUGGCUAUCGCGCACCUGACCCUAACUUUUUUAAAAGUUCUUGCACGGGUCAGGACAAAAAAUAAGCCAUCUUGAAUAUCAGCGAUACCACUAUAACCACAAUGCAAAGCGCUGCGAAAACGUAAUAAGGGGAAUCUAGUAAGCUCACAGAUAGUGUUUGCAUCAGUUUGCAUCAUUCAAAAAAUAAUUUUUGCAUUCAAUAGCAGGAUCUAGACGGCAGGGAUGAAACUUUUUAAGUUUAUAUUUUUGUAGGCAACGCUGUUACAACUGUGUUUUGAAUACACUUAAUCAUAUUCUCACAGUACGACAGUCACGUGCUAAUGCUUCAAAUGUCCCAAGCAGACCCGGCCCUCCAUUACCACCAGAUGCAAAUACGUUAACGUCAGAGGAAGCAGAACGUUAUGUAUGUAUGAACAAGUUAUUUAACAAUUAA